AUGUCAAACACUGUCUCACCCUCACUCGGCUCACGUGUCCACACCAUUGUCGGCAAAAUCACCGGAAGCAAUGAGGACACUAGCCGGCCUGCCGAUUGUGAUACUGACCGCAUCAUAGCACAGCUUUGCAUACUCGAAGCAACAAACAAUCAGCUUCACGCACGCUAUAUCGAACUUGGAAACACACACCUCAAGUCAACCCACGCAGUAUCUGAUGAGCUACGUGCAAGAGCACAGGGUUGCAAGACACAGCUUAAAAGCCUGCUGAAGGGUAGUGGGAUCGAUAUCAUUCUCAGAGUGGAGGUUAACAAAGCGCUGGAAAAAUUAAAGAAUAUGGAAAAGGGAUACGUUCAGGCACGCAGAUGGGCGUCUGUUCAAGUUUAA